UGGAAGAAAAGAGGCACAGCAAAGCACACGGCAUAAAGGAAAGGCAGGCAGGAGUGUGGCAUGGAAGAAGUGAUAGAAACGGUGCGUGGUAGUCUGUGUUUGAUGAAAUGGCGGCUGAGACCCCCUUGUAUGCGGCGUCUCCAAACAGAUUUACUGGCCUUGUGUUCUGGGAUGAGGCCAGUUAUUAUGGUGGACUAUGGGGGAAAGAUGCCUGAGCUCACACAUCAACUCUGUGCAUUCAUUAGGCUUUGUCACAAGGAGUCUUCAUUAUUUAAGCAUCUAAGAGUCAUGACUAUAGAUGAUAUGAUCUAUUUAAUACAUGUUCAUGGCCUGGCAGAGCUUGUUUACUCAACUUUCAACUCCCAACUACAACUACAUUUUGUCGACAUCGAACAAGAUCCUCCAAAGAUGAUAACCAAAGCUGAAAAUAGUGCUCUGCUAAAUGAGCUUACAGCAGUUCAGGAAUUGUUUGCUGCAACCUUUCCUCAUCAUGCUACAGAACCUCCUGAUCACUUGCAAUGUCACACAACAGAUACAGUGACUACAUGUGAAUCGUCCACUAGUGCCUCUGAAUUUAUUGAUCUCACUAGCUGUAUGAAGGACACGCUUAUCACUGUGCCAACCCUGAAUGGAUGGCUUCUUGGUUACCCUGUGGUGUAUUUAUUCAGCAGGGAGCGUAUUUCAGAUGCUAUAUACAAUCUUUCAACACAAUCUCUACAUAUUUACAGAAUCUUGGUCACCAGGAAUGGAACCUUUAGCAAAGGAUCUCAGCCAGAAGAACUAAUGAGUUUCUCAGUGCCUUACGACCUCAGUGUUGAAGGAAGUGACGAAACAUGGGCAGCUAUGUUUACGGCUACAAUGCAGACAAAGUUUGACAAAUCCAGGCAAUUUUGGGGAUCAAUGAAGCUGGAAGUUAGUAGCUGUUAUCCGCAAGCAAUUGUUCUAUAGUUUGGUCGCACUUGAAAUGCUGUAGUUGCCAUAUAUAUGAGAAUUGAUCAAGUUCUCUCUCUGCAACUCGUAGCAAAGUUAAGUGCAGUUCUGUUGGCUUUUUUUAAUUAAUUUAAUUAAAACUAGUA